CAUGCUGUUGGACUUCAGGUCUACACAUUCUUCCCUCAAGUUCCUAUUUAAGUGGCUGCCUCCGUCCUUUUGGGUGUUGCCAGCCUUCUACUUGCUACAGUCUACCUGCAGCCAGUGCCUUGGUUGGGACAGAGAAAGCUUACGUCAGGAAAUCCAUCUCUGUAUCCCCAGAGAAGAUGGGGCGUCUCCCUUUGGGGGUUGUUUCUCCCUAUGUGAAAACAAGCUCUGGUGGAAGUAUGGACCCCAUGAUGUUCUAUGCCACCAGCUAUGGCACAGCCUAUGGUCAGACGGGAUUUCGUCCCCGGCAUGGCUUCCACUCUGGGGCUGGGUACAAAUCCAAUUACCGGCCAGUUGUCCAAUACAACCCAAGCCUGGACAAAUUAGAUAAUCCACCUGUGGGGCAGCUCCUUCAGGACAACUAUGAAUCAACACAUACUAAGCACUUUCAGCCGCUUCAGCUCCCUGAUGGAAAAUAUCCUCUUCCCUGGAGCGUGUAUCAGCCAGGGAGCGGGUAUGUCCGGGAAAAACCCCUCACUUUCCCCACCACUAAAACAGUCAAGAAAGUCCAUUUUGACACAAGGGACCAGGGACCACAAGCUGUGACAGGGCUGGAACCCAAACAUACCCCUAUCCUCCACAAGCUGGUUGGAAGAGGCUCUGUUGACACAGAAAAUGCCAGACACGGACCCCAGUAUAUGUCCACGGAGUAUAGCUCCAAGUUCCGCUUCAACAUUCCGGGACAACCAGAUGUCCUGCAGAAGAAAACAAUUGGAUCCAAGGAAGAGACAGGAUUCACUGAAGGCUGUCUCACUAACCCUAUUGUGUGCAAACAAAGAGCUCAGGAAAGCACUCCUGGGAUCAGCAUUACAAAGACAGAUUAUCUGCCAUCUUCCUUUGCACAUGGCGAUGAAUUCUUGCCAGUCCUUUCCAAGGGCUCUGAGAGGGGGUCUGGGUUCAGCCGGCAGAAGAAUCUCCUCCUUAGUGACCCAGCUUCAUCAGAGCCCCAAGCAUCUCUGAGUCAUUCUCAGUUCCAAGGGCUUCAGCGGCAACCUCAGACACAGACUAGCCUUCUAGGUCGGGAAUAUGUGGGUAAUAAGGAACGGUCAGGAUUCAGUGCAAAUAACCUUAGUUAUGUGACACCUGCCUAUGAUCCAGAACAUCCCAACAGGUUCCUGACCAGCUAUAAUUCCAAGUUUUAUGAGAAUGUUCCAAAGGGAGUGGACAGGGAAGGCUGGACACGAGGAGGGGUCCAGCCUCAGCAGGCAGGUGGCUUUGCUACCAACAACCAUACCACUGACUUAGGCAGCAACCCCAAUUCCACAGAGACCUUGAGACAUGUCCAUCCCCAUGUCGGCAGGACCAUCACAACAGUUGAUCCAUUCUAUCGUGAUUCUCCCCAUGAUCAUCGCUUCACUGCUCUUCAUCAGACUACUGUACCCACUUCAACUCUGAAUGGGACAGCACCAUGAUGUCUUCAGGCUAAUAUCGGACAUAUUGAGGAAAGUGCGCCAGUGAUAGUGCCGAGAUCAGUUAUACUUUGUAUUGUUUUAAAGAAAUUAAAGGAUAACUUUUGCUGAUA